AUGGCGCCAAGCGGUGAAGCCGGAUUUCAGCUGCAAUUUGCGGAUCUUGUGCCGCCAUUGACGACGGAGAAGUUUUUGAAGGAGCACUGGGGAGUGAAGCCGUUUGCCACUUCUCUGAGUGAGGACAUGUUCACAAUAAUCAGCGUUGGUUUCUAUGACGGAAACAUGGCAGAAUGCGUGGCAAAUUGCCGCAAGGAGGACAACUCCAGUUUUACGGAGUCUGAGUUGGAGGCCUUUCAAUCUGACUUGGAUCAGCGCAGGAGUGUCAUCUUGCCUUUCUGCUUCACGCCAGGGGCACUGGAUAUAAAACGAGCCUUCGUGAGGGACUGCUCAGGGUAUGGUAACGACAUUGAAGUGGGCAUGUACUUCUCGCGGCCUGGGGUGGAGCCAGCGCCAUGGCAUUAUGAUGGGAAUCACAACGUUACCAUCCAGAUUGUGGGUGAGAAGGAUUGGCACUAUUCCCCAGGCAAUCCUAACACACUCGGAGGGUCGCGUGGCAUAUUUGACGCGCCUGGGAACUUCCUUGAGCAGCAAAAUUCGAUUCCGAACACAGGCCGCGCAGGGUCAGGGCGGUCCCUGAAUCGCGUCCUACGCUGCUUUAGCCUUCGGCCGGGUUCUGUCCUGUAUGUUCCUCCUGGACAUUGGCAUUCUGUGCAUCCAGUGAAAGGUGAGUGCGUGUCAGUGAAUCUGCGGGUGGCGAAUCUUGUCCACGCCAAAUGGAUCAGUGAGGUCUUGUUCGCCUCCCUAAUCUCUGUGGCAAGGCACCAGCCAGUUCCAAUGAUCGUAAAACCUCCCGACUUCCAGGGAUUCAGCAAUUCUAUCCAGGGACAGGUGGAUUUGGCAACCCAGCAGCUACCGGCUGCGAUGCGACGCUGUCGUCCACCUCGAUGUUUUCCGUUCGAGGAGGAGUACUCUGAUGGGCUGAGGUUAGGGGCUUCCUUGGCAUAUUUGGUCGCCCAAAACUUUGUCAUCGACAGCCUUCCACCCGAUGACAUCAUGGUUGAGGUGAGUCCAUUGGUGUCAAUCCUUCCAAAGGAGAGGGAUGAAAACUCCUUGGUCAUCGACCUUCGAUCCGUCUCUAGCCUGACGGGAUCGGAAUAUUUGAGGUUUUCGCUGCAUUGCGGUGCUGCAUUGCUGGAAGUUGUGGAUAGACUUGCAUGUCACGGGAAGGCACGCGUAAGCGAGCUGAAGUCUGCUUGUGGUGGCAGUGAACGAAAGCAGAAGAAGAGGCGGCGCAGAGAGUUGCAGGACAAAGACGAUGCGGUUCUGCUGCUUCGAGUUCUUCUGCAUGCCAACGACAUUCCGUUCUUUGAGCAGCUAUUCCUGCAACCUCAGACGCAGGCUCGAAUGCUGGAGGCGGAAGCAGAGGCCAGAGAUGCACUGCUUCAACUUUUCCGCGAUCUUUGCCGAAAGCACGGUGCUGUCUAUGACCUUUGCCCGCUCCUUCGCCCUGUUCGUAGAGAAGUGCCUGAAAGUGGUGCCCAUUCGCCCAGUGCUGUAAUUUCGAAAGGUCCCACCAUGCCGCCAGCGGUGCGACUUGUUGAUGCUGGCAACACCCUUGUUGAGCUUCGUGCCAACUUAACCGAACCUUUCGUCCGUGCUGUGGCUGCGCGCUAUGCGCAGAGGGAAGAUGUGGAGGCAGUGGGGCAGCAACAAGUCCGGAGAUACCAUGUCAGCACCGUGUAUCGGGAGGCACCAAGCUCGGAAGUCUAUGCACAAUCACAGUUUGGACAUCCUCGUGAAGUUUCUUCUGCGGUCGUGCAGUUCUUUUGGCAGCCACCGAUGAGCGGAAACGGAAAAGACCAGGACACCUCGGACUCCCUGGGCCCGUUCGGCUAUGCCCGAGCAUUUAGGAGAGCCUUGCAACGGGACAUGGCAUACAUGCAGGAGGCAGAAUUGCUUCACACCCUCGCAGAGCUAUUCAGCGUUGCCAAUCUGUCUAGCCGUGUUGAGCUCCAUUUGUCGGACACGCGGCUUCUUCGCCUUUUAUUCGAGGCGGCGUACCAGAAAGCGUUGCGCGAGGUGCAUACGGCUGGUACAAGCAAGUCAGGACAGAAGGCACCCCAAACUGAUGCAGACCGAAGUGCCAGUAGUGUAGGGGAGCGCCUUCGCACUCGUGUGUUGGAGGCGUUGAGGAGACAAGCCAUAGCAUCCGGAGGAGACAAACUCGCCAGCAAUCAGAGUGGCAGCAGCGGAAGCAGCACUAUUCCAGUUCAAGAUGCACCUCGAAUUCCAUCUGCUGCACUGGAACGAGCAGCAGCAGAGCUUGCCGGAUUGCUGGCAGGAACCUCUUCACCUGAGGCACCCAAAACAGUGGCUGCCUUCCUAAGUGAGGUUGAAGAGCUGUAUGUGUCAUGGAAUCCUGCCCCUGCAUCUCCAAGAGCUUCAUCAGGAUCUCCAAGAGGAAAAUCCGAGUCAGCUGCUGAUGAUUUGAAAGAGGUCCUGCGAUCCUUGCGUGCGUUGGAUAGUGUUUUGGCAAGCCAAACUACCUGGCGUGGAGUCGUGAUCGACCCACAAAUGCCGGUGAAUUCCAUGUAUGGUCCUGGCUUGGUCUUCAGCGUUCUCAUGCAUUUGCAGGUGGCAUCGCCAACGAUGGUUUGUGUUGGUGGUCGAGUGGAUCACCUGGCGACAGAGUACAUGCGAUUGCAUGCGCCACAGGGCACAGUGGAUGAGGUUGCUGCGCAGCUCUCUCUACCAGGUUCUGAGAGCCUGUCCGCAAUCUCAGCGGAGCUAGCCAUGGACAAGUUGGCCGCAGGGUUGGUUCAACUUGCACAAGUUUCCUCAUCACAGGCUGCCAACAACAAGCGUGGGAAGAGCCAAGCACUUGCUUUAGCACCCUGGUGGCGACAGUCAGCGGCAUGCUGGCCAACGGUGCUUCUCGGACCAGCACAAGAAGAGAGGUCAACAGGAAGCGAACCGAGUGACUCAUGGCAUGUCGAGGUGGCAGCUGGGCUUUGGCGUUCUGGUGCCUGCUGCCAGCUUUGGCCGCCUUUCAUCGGCAUCGAUGCGAGAGUGGUUUCGGAAGCACAGAAAAGCUUAGCACAAUAUGGCCUGGACGGAAUUUCUGGGCCUUUGCCUCCAGAUUUCAUUGUCACAAUGCGCACAGAGAAGAGCGAAAAGAGAGAAUCUGAUGUGAAGGAAGAUGAUGGGACAAAGAAAGCCCAAAAAAACGACGAAGAUGUGGCCAUGGCCAAGAAAGAGACGAGGUUUUUCCUUCGUGCAAUUUCUGAUCAAGGUCACGAAGCUUUAGACAGGGCAGCGAAGGAUGCUGGUGGUGGCCGUGUGUUCGAAGGUCGAUCAAAGUUGGUGGAUUUCUUCGAGCGUUUGGCUCGUCGUCAUGCUGGUACUGCCGCAUCGCGCUUUGCUCACACCAGUUGA